AUAAGAAAUUUGUUCGAUAAAGUGCAGAGGGAUUGGAAGUUGGUGAUGAAUGAUGAAGAAAAACGUGUUCUGCAAUAUCAUUCCGAAAUUGGAAGAUUAUUAACAGCUGGAUAUACAGAGCGAGUGAUAUACAACUUCUUUUCAACAUCCAAUGGAUCUAGCUCCCUUCGAUUCGCCCUUCCGCUAGAAUAUGUAAUAAUUGACAAAGAAGAGCACUAUUGGGUAUUGCUGACCAUCUCUAAUAUAUUUGUUGUAGUUUUUAUAUUCGGUAUUAUUGCAUGCGAUGUUAUUUUCAUCACAUUACUGCAGCAUAUAUGCGGGCAGUUCGCUGUUUUGGAGUAUCGCAUAGAAAACACGCUUACUGCUGAAAUUACAACAAAAAACAAAAAAGAAGAAUUCAUUAGUUCCCAAAAAAUUGAUGAAGAUGUUUCUUACCAACAUUUGGUUUCAUGCAUCCAAAUGCACACCAGAGCUAUUGAAUUUGCCGAACUUCUUGAAGAGUGUUUUGCUAUGAGCUUCGGUGUGCUAGUUGGCAUCAACUUACCAAUGAUAAGCCUCACCGGUUUUCAGAUCAUUACGCAAUCUAAUACAGCCCAGCAAAUUUUGAAAGGCUUGACAUUUAUUGCUUGUCAAAUGCUCCAUCUUUUUUUUUACUGCUACAUGUCGCAAAAGCUCAAUGAUUCAAGCUCAGGAAUUGCCCAAAGCAUAGCUAAUGUAAGUUGGUACAAACAAUCGAUUAAAUCACAAAAAUUGCUAGUUGUAAUGACAGUGAGGAGUCAGGUGCCCUGCAAAUUGACUGCCGGUAAAAUUAUGGAGCUGUCAAUUGAAAACUAUGCAAUGCUAAAGACGGCUGGGUCGUAUUUUACAAUGUUACUGUCGAUGCAGUAA